CUCAUCUUCUCCAACAAAAACUCCAGUGAAUAUCUGCCGACUGGUGGUGGCGGCCGGCGGCCGAUUCGGUGUAUUCUCUUUGAUUGCAGAUAUGACACGAAGUAAAUUGCGUGUUGUUCAAUCCAAUGAUGAAUACAUGACUGAGGAACAUGAAAAUACUAUGCACGUUGAUGCUGAAUCAUCUGCUUCCGAACCUUUAUCUUGCAAUGGGAAAGAAGGCUUUCCAGAAAGUGAUGAUGAAGAGGAUGAAGACGACCAUGAUGACACUGCUGAUAAUGCCGAAGAAGAAAAUGGAGAAACAAACAAGCGUGGAAAGACAAAGCUGAAAAAAACAUGGAAUCUUCCAAAAGGGCAGAGAAUUGUGGUCAAGUGCAAUGAUCUGAAUCAGCCAAUUGGAAAAGAAGCUGGGCGUCUAGGUUACUUUCUGGGCACAGUUGCUAGGAACGGGAAAUUGUGUAGCUUAAGCUACACGGACUGGAGAAAACUAAUAGGAGAGAGAGAUAAGAAAAAUGAACAAAACAAUAAAAAGGAUAUAUUGGGGCAAGUAAAGAUGAGGUUUCUUUAUCCCCCUCGAUUGGAGAAGUAUAUAUUAAAAACAAUUGGAGAAAGAUGGAGGCAACAUAAGUCAAAUCUAAAAGCCCUCUUUUUUGAUGCAACCAAGAGCAUGGAAGCCAACAACACCAAUGUUCCAAAGGGUGUGAUUAAAGACCAGUGGAUUUCUCUUGUUACUAAUUGGAUGAGCCAAAAGGCACAGGAUAUAAGUGAGAAAAAUAGGCAAAACUCUACAAUGAAGAAGUCGAUACACACGGCUGGAACUAAGAGUUUUGCUCGGAAUAGAGAAGAGCUGCGGCAAAAGGAUCCAGAAAAGAAGAAUCCACACCGAGCUGUCUUGUACAUUCAUACACACCAACAUAAAAUCGACAAAAACGACCAGAUGAUUAACGAACACGUGGUUGAAUUGAAGAAGACUUUAGCCAAGAGGCCAGAUUUAGCAGACACGAGUAAAGGAACAGCUUGGAAAGGAGAUGCCUUGAAUACAAUACUAGGAGUAGACAAGCGUGGACAUGUACACGGAUUGGGACUAGUCCCAAAUCCUAAUCAAGUCUUUGGUGUAUCAUCUUCAGGUCACUUUCAGGAUAUACACCUAACUUCAGUGGAAGAUACACACAAUGAAGAUGUUAUGUACCUUAGACUUCAGAUGGAAAAGAUUGAGCAACACAUGAAAAACCAAGAUGCUAAAAUUCUAGAACUAACUGAGAAGUCAUGAAACUCUGAAAGACAGGGUUCUUUGGGUCAGAUAUCUACAUCCCGAGAUCCUCUUGGUAUUGCUCACACAAAAUCAAAAAGGAAAAGAGUAUAUGGUGAUCUUCAUAGACAACAACUUGGUACAGUUGGAAAGGAGAACAAUAUGAUG